AUGCGGUGGAAGUUGCUUCUGCUGCUUUUCUGUGCGGUAUCGCUGAUCACUCUAUCAACCAAUGCCGCCGCGGAGGAGUACGACCAAGAUCCAGAUGACGCAACGGGCAGUGAGGAUGAUUCGGGUGCGGUAGUGCCGGAAGGUGAAGACCAAACCGAACCGGAACAGGGCGAUCCCACCGAGGGCGCCCAAGAAAACACCGAUCAAAAACCGAACGAGGCCAUCAUGGACGUGGAUACCGCGGAUGUCAGCGAGGUCCAGGAUAAGAAGGGUAGAUACUACAACUACGAUGACUUUUUGUCCGGCAUGGAUCUGUCCGACUCCAACUACAACUGGGACGAUCCAAUAAACCGUGUCCAACCGAAGGAACCACCGAAUCAUAGCAUCGACGGAGGCUAUACGAUCAAUCCGACCCGACUGGCACAGAUCCGGCGUAACUUCCUGUACCCGUUCUACGACCGGGGCGGCCCGGAAGACACUGGCGAUCUGCAGCGCGACAUACACGCCUCAAUGCCGCAGGUCCACAAGAACUUCAACUUUCAGCUGCCCUUCUUUGGCUUCCGGUUUAACUAUACGCGCGUGUCGAUGAACGGGUUUCUGGAGUUUUCCGACCCGCCGGAACACUACACCUACCCGCUGAGCUUCCCGAUCAAGGAUUGGCCGAAGCGUAACGAUCCCUCGUUCAUCGGGAUCUUCUUCUCGAAAUGUCGCAUCGGGCGCAUCUACCAAACGGACUACGACCAACGCGCGGCCGGGGUUUACUUCCGGAUGGAGCGCGAUCUGAUGACGCGCACCGAUCGGGCGGGCGUGGAGAUGCGCGAGCGUGUCAUGUGGGACAUACGGGAGGGUGUGGUUGGGUCGGAUACGUUCGUGCCGAAGCACGUCAUCAUCACGACGUGGAAGAAUAUGAGCUUCGCCGGUGGUAUUGAUAAUUCGCUUUACCGGACUAACUCGUUCCAAAUGGUACUGGCUACUGAUGAGGUGUACACGUACGCCAUCUUCAAUUACGCAGAAAUUAACUGGUCUUCGCAUACGGAAGCCGGUGGCGAUACCACCGGUGGAGAAGGCGGUGUUCCGGCCUAUAUCGGUUUCAAUGCAGGCAACGGUACGCAGGCUUACGAGUACAAACCCUACAGUCAGGCGUCCGUGUUGCGUGAUCUAACGGGGCGCGGUUGGGCCAACGGGUUCCCGGGACGGCACAUCUUCCGUAUCGACGAGCGCAUCAUGCUCGGUACCUGCAACAAGGACAUUGACGCGUCCCACCUUCCGCUAGUGUUUGCACCGGAGUCGGGCAACAUGCUGGGCGGCACGGUCGUCAACAUUACUGGGCCGUGCUUCACCCGGGAGGAUCGCAUUGCGUGUCGGUUCGACACGGAGGAGGUCGUCGGUACGGUCGUCGACACGAACCGCGCCAUCUGCAUCCAACCGUUCCUGAAGGCCCAGGGCUACAUCCGGUUCGAGAUCUCCAUCGGCGUGGAGCGGUUCAAGUGGCGUGGCCGAUACUUUGUGGAAACGCCGGCCACCGCCACCGAUCGCAUCUUCUUCGAGACGGACGAUGUGCACCGGCGCAACCCGAACGAGAUCCGCAUCACCUGGAAUCGGUUCAACCUGACGACGAACCUGAACGCAAACGUGCAGAUAUCGCUGUGGGGCUACCGGGAGGCAACGAUCCGGCCGGAGCUGGAGUUCGUCGACAUGAUUGAGACGCAGCUCACCAACACGGGCGCGUACACGAUCGUGCCGGCAAACUAUCGCAUGCGGGACAACCCGCGCACCGUCGACAUGCAGUUCGGCUUCAUUCAGAUUAACCUCACCAACCCGGAGCAGUUUAACAACCUAAGAAUUUCGCCCAUUUUGUGGUCGAAACCGAUACCCCUCGGAUGGUACUUUGGUCCGCAGUGGGAGCGUAUACAUGGCCGGAACUGGCCCCGGGCGCUCUGCGAGAACUGGCUGCGUACGGAUCGGUUUUUGCGCAACUUCGCCCAUGAGCUACCCAUCUGUCCGUGCAUGCUCGAGCACGCGCUGAACGACAAGGGACGCUUCCUGCCCGAUCCGGACUGUGACCGGGACUCGAACCCGACCUGCCUGCAGCAUCGCGGUGCGAUACACUGCGUACGCUCCGGUCAACCGACGAUCCAAGGUUCGGAGCAGCAGUGCUGCUACGACCGUAACCAAUACCUGAUGCUGUCGUACGAUCAGAUGUGGGGUUCGCGCCCACGCCGUAAUCACAACAUCGGCCAGAUACCGUGGAAUGAGGCGAACAAGGUGCCGACUCUAUCCUCCUGGUUCCACGAUGUGCGUCCGUACUACUCCUGCUGCAUGUGGCAGGACGAGCAGGCCGUCGGUUGCGAAACGUUCCGGUUCGAGCGGCGUCCGUCGCAGGACUGCAUCGCUUAUCAGGCGCCCGGUGUUGCCGGUGUGUUUGGCGAUCCGCACAUCGUCACGUUCGACGGGCUGCAGUACACGUUCAACGGGAUGGGUGAGUUUGUGCUGCUGCGGGGUAACAACGGGCAGGAGCGCAUCGAUGUGCAGGGCCGAUUCGAGCAGGUGGCACGCAACAUCCACGGACCGGUGAUGGCGACGCAGCUGACAUCGAUUGCGGCACGCGGCAACACGUCCACCAUUAUUGAGGUACGGCUGAGGCCGCGGGAAGCGCAGUGGCGCUACCGGCUGGAUGUGUUUGCCGACCAGCGUCGCAUCUACUUCGACCGGCAGAGCCUCAAGUUCCAGCACUUCCACGGCGUUACCGUGUACACGCCGACCUACAUUCUGAACCAAUCCGAGGUUGUCAUCAUGUUCUCGUCCGGCGUCGGUGUGGAGGUGGUGGAAAACAACGGCUUCAUGACGGCGAGGGUUUAUACGCCCUGGAGCUUUAUCAAUAAAACUAGCGGUCUGUUUGGCAACUGGAGUUGGGAUAUGGCGGAUGAUCUGGUAACACCCGGCGGUGCGAUAAUAACGCCCAACAUAAACAACUUCCAGAAUGUGCACGAACAAUUCGGGUUACACUGGAUGUUGACGGACCGUGAGACGGAUAAUGUGGGGCAGGCACUGUUUACGCGAGAGUUUGGUCGAACAUCCAGCUACUUUGCGAACCAGAGCUUUGUGCCGAACUUUAUACGCGAACCGAGCCAGUUCCUGCCGUUGAAUCGAACGCAGGAUGUGCAGCGGGCGGAAGAGCUGUGUGGCCAGAGUUACCAGUGCCGAUUCGAUUACGGCAUGUCCCUGAGCCGGGAGAUGGCACACUUCACCAAAAACUAUCAUGCGAGUGUCAUCAACAUACAGACGGUAAACGAUAAGCGUAUCAUAUCGUGUGGCAUUCUGGAGACGCCUCGGUUUGGACGCAAGUCCAACUUCCUCUUCACGCCUGGCGCACGCGUAUCGUUCGAGUGUAACGAAGGCUUCUUCCUGAUCGGCGACUCGCGCCGCAUCUGCUUGGAGAACGGCCAGUGGGAUGUGCCGGAGUACGGAUACACGGAAUGUUUGCGUGGUGUGUUCUAUUCGCGUCGUACGGCUUGGAUUGCGAUUGGCAUUGUCAUUGCUGUGAUCAUACCGCUGAUGCUGUGUAUCGUGUGCGGCGUGUACUGUUUGCGCAAGCGUAAGCGCAAGGAGGACCCGGACUGGCGUUUGCCGCUGCCGUCACGCUCCGGCUCCCGGGCGACGCUGCGCAAGGGCGAUGACAGCGAGUUCGACGACACCACGAUCAAGAAGACGCUACGGUACGAUGCGACCUACCGGACGAACGAGCCGCUCGAGGGCAAACCCAACAUCCAGUUCGAGCAGAAAAAGAUGGACCUGGACGAAGAAGAUAUUACAUCCUCGGAAGGAGGUGAAUAUAGCGCUAAGGUUGCACGCGAUAUCGAGUAUAAAAACCUGGCUGAUCAAAAACAACUAGGUCGCCGCAGUCAGCGCGGGCUCCAGCAGGCGGGCAUGUUCUCCGGCGAGGAAGACGAGGACGACGAUCCGAAGGGAUAUCCGCCGCCGCCGCCCCCCGUCACGAUGACCCAGCAGCAGCAGCAGCGCCAGGCGCAGCAGCCGGGUGCGGAGUCACCGACCCAGACGUACGCCGCCUACAGCCCAACGUUCAGCGAUAUCGACCAGGUCAGCAGCUUCGCCACCGAGGACAACUCACCGCUGAACCAGCGCCGGCCACAGAACGGCAACCUGUCCCCGAUGCCGAACACUAGCCGCAGCUACUACACCGGCGAACAGAGUCAAGCGCAACCCUUGGUGCAGAACGUUGGACUCCCCAAUCGCAUGGACAGUCGCUCGACGGAGGUUUAA